UGAUGAUCCUGUUAUGAAACAAUUUAUACUUCACCUUGAUGAAAAAUUGAAAUUGGGCUCAAGGUUUGUGUUGGUGGAUCUUGAUGAAUGUCAUCUGUUUGUGCAGCCUGAAGUCUAUGACAGUUUAAAGAAUCUCAUUGAUGAACAGUAUGAGAAGGUCUAUUAUAACCAGAAGAGCAGCUUAGAAUAAAUCAUCACCAUCAGCAUGGCAACUCGAGAGUCAGGUCGUUUGAAGGAUGGCUCCUCAAAGCGCAUCCUGGAUGAAGCUGCACGUCGCCGCAGGGCCCGGAAAGCGCUGGAGGCACUUGAACAAGACAAUUUCCAUGAUGACCCCCAUGCAAAUCUUGUUAUGAGUAAAAAAGCACCAAAAUUUGAUGAAUCAUUGGAUGGCAGCAGAAACAAGGAUCGCAAAAGACGAACUCGGAGCACUGAAUACUUUAAGCAGCGGUUUCGUAAGAACUUCCCGAUCUUACUGGAAGAAGAGCAGUCUCUCUAUCCAGAUGGACCCAACUACCUAACAGUGCAAUCACCCGCCUCAAAACUCCCUGAGCGUAAACUUUGCGCUGUGUGUGGUUUCCCGGCUCCCUACACCUGCAUUCCAUGUGGAUCACGAUACUGCUGCACAAAAUGUCUUUCGACUCAUGAAGAUACCCGGUGCCUAAAGUAUACAGCCUAACGAUUGAAAAGAACUGAAAAAUGGCACAUGUUUGACUACCAACCAUAUAUUUGCAAUUGUUAGUUAUUCAUUAUAUUAUUUAAAUUG